AUGUCCGUCGCGCGUCCGUCGUCCGCGCAUCGACGGACCACGUCCGUGGGCUCCUCCGAGGCGCUCGGUCGGGCCGAUUUCGACCCGGCGUCGUUCGUGAACGGGGUUUUGCCCGAUGAGAAAUCUUUAAGCCAAGUGGACGGAAUGAUCGAGCGCUUGCGCGAGCGCGCGCGCCUGGUCGACGCCGAGAUCGCGGGCGCGCUGCGAGCGCAGAGCGGGAGCGAGGCGCGCGCGCGCGAGGACUUCGCGGUGAUCACGCACGGCGUGGACGCCCUGGCGAAUCGGUUGGCGGAGACGGAACGCGAGGCGGCGAAGACCGAGGAGAGCGUCAGGGAGAUAUGUAAAGAUAUCACGCGGUUAGAUCGGGCGAAGAAUCACCUCACGGGAGCGAUCACGACUCUGCGGCGUCUGUCGAUGUUCGUGAGCGGGAUGGAGCAGCUGGAGCUGUUCGCGUUGCGAAGGCAGUACGGGGACGCGGCGAAUCUGUUGCAGGCGGCGGCGCAGCUUUCGACGCAUUUCGAGGCGUACUGCGACGCGUCGACGGCGGUGACGAUUGCGCGCGCGAGGACGCGCGAGACGGCGGCGAGGCGCGCGAGACGACGGCGCGCGACGCGACAGACGCGACGCGCAUCGUGA